UGGGAGAGCCGGGGGGCGUGGAGCGUGGGGGGCGGUGGCGACUCGUGGGGACCCAGCAGCAGGGCCGGCUCCGCCCCGCCCUUGGAGGACCUUGCGUUCCCUGCCCUCCCUCCCUCGGGCCUUGGGGACAGCAGUCCUAGACCUUCAACUGCAGUUUCGUUAGGAUUUCCCGGAAAAAUGGAAUCUGGCAGUUUGUCUUAAGAAUUAUUUUUGAGAAAAUGUUUAUUAGUAUAUCUGACGGUUCCGGAGUCGGGCUAAACGACGUCUUUCUCAGCCACCGUCGCUUGCACCAACAUUUGUGGUGUGAACCGGUGCGGCUGUGGUUGAGAGCUGGCCCUCGGGGACAGCGCCUGCGACCUGACACUUAAGGCUGGUGCGAGCUGGGCCAGGGCGCUUCGUCUCCAGGUGGCCGCGUUUCCUCCCGAACCCGAGUCUGUAAUACACAGGACAGCACAGUAGCAGCUCUGAGGACGUGGUGCGCGAAGAUUCGGUGACACGGGAAGCGCUGAGCUCUGUGACCCGAAGUCGCAAGCACUCAAGGAUAUUGAAGGAUGUUUGUCCCAAGAUCUCUCAAGGUCAAGCGGAGUGCCCUCGAGGACGGCAAAAGCUGUGCGGCUAAGAAGACAAAACCGGAAGCGGAAGGCCCGUGCGGUGACGGCGCGGGUGACCCAGUGGGCGCUGUAGUGACGGAGGGAGCCGCACCUGCGGACGGGCACAGCGCGGGAUCGCGGGGCCCGCUGGCCGAGGCCCGUUCGGAGGACAGCCCUCUCCCCGAGGAGCCUGUUAAGUCGUUUUCCAAAACGCAGCGCUGCGCAGAGCCCGGGGAGCCCGUGUGCGUGGUCUGUGGCCGGUUCGGGGAGUACAUCUGCGACAAGACGGACGCGGACGUGUGCAGCCUGGAGUGCAAAGCCAAACACCUCCUGCGGUCCGGGUCCGGGGAGAAGGAGCAGGAAGCCGGCGCCCCGCCCCCUGCGCCCUACGCCUACAGAGAGCACCCCUUCAUCUCCGGCCUUCACGAGGACCAGGUGGAGAAUCUUAAGCGGCAGCUAGGGAUUUCAGUUCAAGGGCAAGAUGUGGCCAGGCCCAUCGUGGACUUCGAGCACUGCGGUUUCCCCGAGGCCUUACACGCCAACCUGAAGCAGUCCGGCUACGAGGUCCCCACCCCCAUCCAGAUGCAGAUGACGCCCGUGGGGCUCCUGGGACGGGACAUUCUGGCCAGCGCUGACACCGGCUCCGGAAAAACGGCCGCUUUUCUCCUUCCCGUCAUCAUCCGAGCUCUCUUCGAGAGUGCGGCUCCGUGCGCAGUCAUUCUGACCCCCACGAGAGAGCUGGCCAUCCAGAUAGAGGGACAGGCCAAAGAGCUGAUGAAGGGCCUGCCCGGCAUGAAGACCGCGCUGCUGGUGGGGGGCCUGCCCCUGCCCCCGCAGCUGCACCGUUUGCGACAGCGCGUGAAGGUUGUCAUAGCGACCCCGGGGCGCCUCCUGGACAUCCUGAGGCAGCGCUCCGCGGACCUCCGCGGCGUGAGGAUCGUGGUGGUAGAUGAGGCCGACACCAUGCUGAAGAUGGGCUUUCAACAGCAAGUGCUGGACGUUUUGGAGAACGUUCCCGCCGACUGUCAGACCGUCUUGGUGUCAGCUACGGUUCCAGCCAGCAUCGAACAGCUCGCCGCCCGGCUGCUGCGGGACCCCGUGAGAAUCGCCGCGGGCGAGAAGAACCUGCCGUGCUCUAGCGUGCGGCAGAUCGUCCUGUGGGUAGAAGAACCUGCCAAGAAGAAGAAGCUGUUCGAGAUCCUGAAUGACAAGAAGCUCUUCAAGCCGCCGGUGCUGGUGUUCGUGGACUGCCGGCUGGGCGCCGACCUGCUGAGCGAGGCCGUGCAGAAGGUCACGGGCCUGCGCAGCGCCGCCGUGCACGCGGAGAAGCCGCAGGCCGAGAGGACGUGCGUGCUGGAGGGCUUGCUGGACGGGGGCUACGAGGUGGUCGUGAGCACGGGCGUGCUGGGGCGAGGCCUGGACCUGGUCAGUGUCACGCUGGUGGUCAAUUUCGACAUGCCUUCAAGUAUGGACGAGUACGUGCACCAGGUAAAGAGCUUUGGGGCCCCCGCCACCCUGACGGGGAGCAGAAGAAACCAAAAACCUGUCGCAAUGGACAGGAAAUGGUAAUUUUUGUUUUUUUAAAAAAAAACAUAUAUAUAUAUGUGUGUGUAUAUAUACAUAGAAACUAAUUUUUAGAAAACUAUACAUGUGCCUAAAAUGCAUUAACCUAAAAUGUUAGUUUAAAAAUUUCUUUAAGUCAUUGGCUUUCGGUUCCUUUGAAUUUCCUUUUU